AUGGCUAUUCGAGUACUGUUCUUAGCAGCUAACCUACCCGUUCUUUUUGGGGGCUUGCUUUGGAAGUGGGAAGUUCCACGCAAUGGCCACGAGUUAACAAAAGGCCUCAAACUUUUGGGAUUGAAGCCAGGCCCACUGGGCUACUUCAAUUCCUUCUACAUGGCCUUUACCAAAGCAGAAGCGGACAGAUUUCCCAACCUGGUGUCCUACCACUCGAUGUUGAGAAGGAUGAAAAUCUACAACAUAACUCGGGAAUCUCAAGUCCUUUUGCAUUCAAACAGAAGCAGAUUAAGGAGGGAUGAGUCUAGUGACAGCGGCUCGAUGGACGAGCCGACGGGCUCCUCCUUCCCUGUUACUGACCCUAGAGGUCCUUGUGAGUCUAAAACAGAAGGCCUUUGUGACAUUUGUCCGGCUGUUACUAGACUUGGACCUGAUAAGAUACCCGAGUUUAUUAACGUGAUGGUGUGUAGAGGACAGCAGUCCUGUGGACAAGGUUCGGUGAGAGGCGAGUGCAAAAAUUCUUCCGUGACUCAAACGUUCUUACAGAGAACAGGUGUGGAUGAAUUGGAAACUUACUUACAGGAAAUUACUCUGUGCUGCGAAUGUGCACUGUUCGGCUAA